GAAAGAAAGAGAGGGUUUUUAAAAGGAGGAUUUGUGAGUGGCUUGUCUCAGCUUCUGAUCUUCUGAACAUAUGCCCCUUAACAGUUUCUUGAGAACUUUAGCCUUUUUUCGUGUGGUUCUCUUGUUGAAAGUAGUAGAACUUUUCUGCAACAAUGAUGGAUAUGUUACCUAAUGUCAUUAUCCAACAAAUUAAAUUGCACAUAAGCAUCACUCGAGAUGUUUUACCUACAACUGUCUCCAAGAGGUGGAAGGAUUGUGUCCAUUACAGUCCAUCACAAAUGUCUUUCAUUCCGUCUCUGAUGCAUAUUCCACAAUCUCCUGAAUAAUCUCCAUUGCCAUCCGCUUGGAGGAGCUAGUUGUUUAUUGCCCCUUUUUUGCACCAAGCCUUGCCUUCUAGAUCUCCCUCCAAAACAACAUGCUUCGCAUCCUGGAGCUUCUAAUGGACAACACAGUUGACAAGUGCUUUGGGGGCAGAGCAGAGGGAAGUGGUGGUCGAGUCGACUGCAUUGGUGCAAUGCAUAACUUGGAAGCUCUCAAGCUUUGGGGUGAAUCCUUAACCAAGUCUCCAAGUUGGGGAGUUUUUAAGAGGCUAAAGACUUUGGAGAUCAUUGAAGUAACACUUUGUGAUGAUGCAUUGAAGGAUGUUAUUAAGGCUUGUCCUAAUCUGACUGAUUUGGCUUUUCUUGCUUGUGAUGGAGUUGCAACUGUGUCCACAAAAUUGGAGUGGUUGGAGAGAUGCAGACUAGAUUUCUUAGGUCCAUGGAAUUGCUCAGUGUCUAUGAAAUCGAUGAGAGCUUCCGUGCACUAUGCAAGGUUUGGCAUCCAUCUGUCAUAGGAGUUAUUCCUUAUGUCGGUCUUAACUUUGAUGUAUAUGAAUCUCUGAAGGAAUGGAAGUGACUUUUUUUUUCGGACAAGUUUGGUGUUUGAUCCUUGAGG